AAUCCAUGUGCUUAUUACGUAUUGUUCAUUGAGUGAAGCAACUGCCAUAAUAAUUUACAACAAAUAAGGAUUGUUACACAGUAAAGUAUAAAAUCAAAAAUCUUCCAAAAAUGUGUCCAUUAUAUCCGUUACAAUAUAUUUUAAUGUAUUUAAUACUUUUAUGGCCAUUGUGGCUAUUCACAUGUGUCUUAGCAUAUGAAUUACCAAAAUUAAGUGUCCAAUAUGAAUUUGAAAAUAUUACCGUUGAAAUGGAUAAAGCAAAAGAAGUGAAUUUUCAAAUAAAUAAUUUAAAAGAGAAUUCAAUAUCAUCGAUAAAUAUACUUAGUAAAGAUCCAGAUAUUUUAAAAGUUGAAAGACAAAUUGUGUUUGAUGAUGCAAAUUAUGAUAUGAAUUAUUUGAAUAGUAGUUUCAAUGCAACAGGCGUAUGGCUAGGCAAAACAGAAGUAUUUAUUCAAGCAAUAAACCAAAAAAAUGAAAAAAUUAAUAUUACUAAAACAUUACCAGCAACAGUCAUUCGAAAAGAUCGUGUUAUCGAUCAUAUUUUCACUGGAUCCGUUAUAACACUUGUCAGUAUUCUUUAUAUAAAUUUUGGUUGUGCAUUAGACUGGUCUUAUUUAAAAGAAACUAUUAAAAAACCAAUUGGACCUGUUAUUGGAUUUUUUGGACAAUUUUUAAUCAUGCCUGUGUUAAGUUUUGUUUUGGGACGCUCAUUAUUCCCUGAUUCUCCAGCAUUGCAAUUAGGAAUGUUUUUUACUGGAGUUUCACCAGCUGGCGGGGCAUCGAAUAUAUGGACGUAUAUUUUAGGAGGAAAUAUAAAUUUAUCAAUUGCUAUGACUACAAUAAGUACAUUUGCAGCGUUUGGGAUGAUGCCAUUAUGGAUUUUCACACUUGGGCGUGUUAUAUUCAAUUCAUCAGAUUCAUUAAAAGUACCAUAUAUGAAAAUCGGACAAUUUGCUUUUGCAUUAGUGGUACCACUUGCUAUUGGUUAUUUAAUACAAAAGUAUGCGCCAAACUUCUGUAAAAUUAUGGUUCGAAUUUUAAAACCGUUAGCAUCAUUUUUGUUAUUGUUUAUAAUUAUAUUUGCUGUUGUUACAAAUACAUAUUUAUUUGAUCUGUUUUCUUGGCGAAUGGUGGUGGCCGGGUUAGGUCUGCCCUGGUUAGGAUAUUUAUUAGGAAUGGUAAGUGCGAUUAUAUUGAAACAAAAUGCCAAGGAUGUAUUAGCCAUAUCUAUUGAAACAGGAAUCCAGAAUACAGGAAUUGCGAUAUUCUUGUUACGAAUUACCUUGCAACAACCAGAAGCAGAUUUAACAACAGUUGUUCCUGUGGCCGUAGCAGUUAUGACACCAUUCCCACUUAUGUUAUUAUUUUUCGUUAAGAAAUGUCGUGCCAGAUAUAAUCAAAAGAAAACUGUUCUGCAUAUAAUGGAAAAUGGUAGAGACUUAGAGGAUAAACAGCACGUUGAAACUCUCACCGCAAAUCAAUAAAUCAUCAUAUAAAUCACUUUACAUACCAUACUAAAGCAUAAUAAUUGAUCUGUGAUAAGACAAAUAAACGCAAUAUUUUUACCACAAAA